AGCAGGAUCGUGUUGCUGGUAGGAAGCAUGUCGAGUUUUUCUAAGGCGCCCCAGCAAUGGGCUACUUUUGCUCGAAUGUGGUAUCUGUUAGAUGGGAAAAUGCAGCCCCCCGGCAAGCUUGCUGCUGUAGCGUCCAUAAGGCUUCAAGGAUUGCACAAGCCCAUGUACCAUCAACUGAGUGAUUGUGGGGACCAUGUUGUCAUAAUGAACACAAGACACAUUGCAUUUUCUGGAAACAAAUGGGAGCAAAAAGUAUAUUCCUCACAUACUGGCUACCCGGGUGGAUUUAAACAAGUCACAGCUGCUCAGCUUCACCGGAAGGACCCAGUGGCCAUUGUUAAACUAGCUAUUUAUGGUAUGCUGCCAAAAAACCUUCACAGAAGAACUAUGAUGCAAAGGCUACAUCUUUUUCCAGAUGAGGAUAUUCCUGAAGAUAUUCUUAAAAACGUAGUGGAAGAGCUUCCUCAACCACGAAAAGUGCCCAGACGUCUAGAUGAAUACACUCAGGAAGAGAUAGACGCCUUCCCAAGAGUGUGGUCUCCACCUGAAGACUACCGGCUGUAG